UCAUCCUUCAGGUCCUUCCCUUUCCAACAAUCCCUCUCCCUCUGAAAAACAAUUAAGCAGACAUGGCAGACAGUGUUGUGAGUUUCCUGUUGGAUAACAUGACUCAGUUGCUUAUCCAAGAAUCAAAAUUGCUACGUGGAGUUGAGGAUCAAGUCAGGUCACUUAAGAACGAGCUGUCUCUGAUCAACCUCUUCCUCCAAAAUACUGACGGCAAGCGACACGACGAAUUGGUGAAGGAGGUAGUCAGCCAAAUUAGGGACGUAGCCUAUGAGGCUGAGGAUGUUAUUGAUACAUACAUCAUUACUGUGACAGAGCACAGGAGAAGAAGCAAGCUGAGGAAGUUAAUCCAUUCAUGUGACCGAGCAAUUACGUCUCACGAGGUUGCAAGCAAGAUAGAGAGCAUCAAGAUCAUCUACAAGGAAAUUAACGAGAAUAGGAGCAAGUACGGCAUAGAAAUUACUGAAUCAUCGGGAGGAGGUGCAGAAGCAGAGGGGAUACUGCACAGGCGCAGGAAAGAUGUCAAGGAAGAUCAAGUAGUGGGCUUCUCUCAUGACGCUGAGGUAUUGGUGAAGGAGCUUAAGGAAGGGAGUUCGCAACGGAAUGUUGUUUCAAUCACUGGCAUGGGUGGCUUAGGCAAAACCACUCUUGCUAGGAAGAUCUACAACAACAAUGAUGUCAAGAAUUACUUUGAUUUCCGUGGGUGGGUUAAUGUCUCUCAAGAAUAUAGAAUCAGAGAGCUGUUGCUUGAAAUUUUGAAGGGACUGACAACACUGCCAAGAGUGAUGUUUAGAGCUGAAUUGAAAGAGGACUUACUCCGUGGGUUGGAAGCUAUGUAUAGCUCGAAUGAGGAAAAAUUGAAAGGGACACAAAUUCUGGACUUGAAACUUAUCAAGGAAAUGAAUGAUGAAAAAUUCAGAAAGGCAUGGUCUGAGUUCUUGCAAAGCAUACAAGUGGAAGAUGGUUGCACCGAAAAAAAAAAGAAAAAAAAAAGAAAAAAGGAGAGAGAUACAAGAUUUGAAAAUUUUGUUGUCGGAUUUCAUUCAAGAUUUUUACAAGAAGAAUGGUGUUAAAUUGCAAGAUAUGACAGAUGAUGAAUUGAAAAGUGUGUUGCUUGAAAGCUUGGAAGGCAAGAGGUACUUACUUGUCAUGGACGACAUCUGGAAAACAGACGUAUGGAAUGAGGUAAAUACUGCCUUUCUAGAUAACUUAAAUGGGAGCGGAAUAUUGAUCACUAGCCGAAAAAAGGAAGUAGCAUUACAUGCAACUAGUGUUAAUAAUAGUGUUCCUCCUAUUCUCCCUUAUGAACUCCCAUUACUUAAUGAAGAUGAAAGUUGGGAACUCUUCUCUAAAAAGGUAUUUUGGGAAGAUACUUGUCCUCCAAAACUAGAAACUCUAGGUAGAAAACUUGUGAAAAGUUGCCAUGGUUUACCACUUGCUAUUGUAGUAUUGGGAGGUCUUCUGGCGAUCAAGGAGAAAACAGUUCGAAUAUGGUCAAAAUACAUCAACCAUAUCAAUUUGUAUCUGACUGAGGAUGGAUCAAGUUGCAUAGCCAUUUUGGCUCUAAGCUACAAUGACUUACCCCGACGCUUGAAACCAUGCUUUCUAUAUUUUGGUAUCUACCCAGAAAACUUUGAGAUACCAGUGAGGCAACUAAUCCGACUUUGGAUAGCUGAGGGAUUCAUACCGCAAAUUCGGGACAGAAAUGUAGAGGAUGUUGCUGAAGACUACUUGGAGGAACUCAUUGAUCGAAGCUUGAUUCAAGUGGCAACGAAAAGGCUAGAUGGAGGAGUCAAAACAUGUCGUAUCCAUGAUCUUCUACGAGACCUCUGUACAUCGAAGAGUUCUAAAGAUAAGUUUCUUAAGGUUCAUUCAAAUGUUAACCCUCCACCCAUAGGCAAAUCUCAUAGAAUUUCCAUCCCCUUUGCCAACCAUCCAUACAUUUCUUCCAACCCCUGUGAGCCUUCAAACAAUCGUUCUAUAAUAGGCUUUAGGGGGAUUGUCGGGCUUGAGAGUCCUCUUGACAAAGGCUACGACUUGAAAUGGCUAUGUGAAAGUAACAAGUUGGUUCGGGUGGUAGAGCUCAGUAAUGUGGGCAUUUGUCGCUUAAUCCCCAAGAGGAUUGAAAAGCUGGUCCUUUUGAGGUACCUAAGCAUCGCAUCUAGUGAGCCAUAUAUCAUUCCAAACUCUGUAUGCAACCUUUGGAAUCUAGAGACGUUGGACAUGAGAAAUUCGACAAUGAAAACAAAAUGCUUGCUCAAGGGGAUAUGGAAAUUACAAAAAUUAAGACAUUUGUAGCUAGAUGGGCCAACAUCUCUACCUAAAACUAAAAAAAAAACAUUAUCCAAUCUUCAAGUCCUUACUGGUAUAGCUAUAAAUGAAGACACUGAGAGUCACUUUGCCAAGGCCAGAUUUCCUAACCUAAGAAAAUUAGGAUUGUAUUCUUCAGGAGGGGUAGAGUCAGGGAUUUUGUCAAGCCUCCAUCCCUUGUGUCAUCUACAAACUUUGAAGAUUUAUCAUCUUAAUGAGAUUUCAAGUCCAACUUCAAUUUGGUUGACCCUCACAAAAAUAACCUUAGUAGAUACAGCCUUAUCUCCAGCCUUCAUGGGAGUGUUGGGUAGCCUUAAAGAACUUCGAAUACUCAAAGUAAGAAGAACUGCCAAUGAAUUCAUCAGUAAUGUCCUCAGUUGCAAUGAAGGAAGUUUUCAGCAACUUGAAGUCUUUAAAAUGGUAAGUCUGUACGUUUUUGAAUGGAAAUUGGGGCAAGGUGCAAUGCCAAACCUUCAACGUUUGGUCAUCGAAAGGAGCUUUUGUAUGCUCCCGGACGAACUAUGGUGCUUGAGUGACUUGCGAGAUGUGGAAGUUUUACACCCCUCUCGAAAAUUGGCAAAGAAGCUUCAACAGUUGCAGAUGAGGGAUGGAUGUAGGCUCCAUGUCUAUCCACCUCUCAGUCCAACUAAUCGAGAAAAAGUUGAUCAGUUGUGCUAUGCUUUGGUGGGGGGCUGAGUCCUGAGGGGUCAAUGGUCGUUUGCUUUGUCGUUCAUUCGUGUUUUGAUGGUAUGAUAUAUAUGAUGGUACUUGUUACUUUUUUUUUUUUUUUUUUCUAAUUCCCUGAUUUUCCUAA